AUGCAGCUCACAUCAAUCCUCAUCACCGCCCUCGCAGGCCUCGCCACAGCCCGCUCAACCCCCUCCGAACGCCGCCAAACCUCAACCCCAAGCUGCCGCCUCGUCGCGCCCACAGACCUCAACUUCGGCGUCGCCGACCUCCGCUCCGGCACCGUCGUCACCAAAGUCCUGACCUUCCCCGUCGGUCCCACCACUGCUGGUCCCUGCCAGCUCGUCGGCGCCUUCAGCCAAGGCUUUCCCAUCGACCAGGGCGGCGACGCUUUCGCCCGCCUCAACGUGCGCGCGCUGGACGGUCCCGCUGCUGGUAGCUUGGUCGGUAGCUUUGGGCCGCUCGAGGUGGCGAAUGACGCUGUUGUCAAGGAUACCGUGCAGGUCGUCAACAGCUUUUCGUGCCGCGAGAGUUUGAGCUUCGAGUUUGCUAUUGCGAAUGAUGCGGAUGUUGACGUUGAUAUCAAUGUUGCAUUCACGGCUUCUGGGCUCGGCGGGUUCUUCGUGCAGGUUGGGGACCAGUGCAACUGA